UCAAACGGCCGAGAGAUUUUACAAAAUAGUAAUUUUGUAGCUGUGAUUAAUGAGAGGGAUCAUGUUUUGCUUUGUCGUUCUCACUACACACCCUGUAACAUGGACUGGCCGAGCUUCUCUUGUGCAGUUUGAAGUUUUGAAAUUUAGCGGUGUAGGAAGUAUGUAAGUCACAGGAGGGUGAUGUGGGGUGAAAUGAGCGGUGGAAGGGAACUUACAUUUGAAAAAGUGGUUAAUAAGUUAAGUCAUGGUGAAGGGAAAGUGGUGGUUUUUCGUUUUUUGAGAAGUACUGGUCUCAUCAAGAGGAUCUGAGGAUUCAGGAGUGACGGACGGUUACCAGACAGGAGAUGGCGGUAAUGCAACAGUUUUGGAUGCAAGCUGCCGUUAAACUUGACUGAAGAAGAAGAAGAAGAAAUUUAGCGAUAAACAGACAACAUGGCAGGACGCGCAAUCACGUUUGUCUCUAGUUUGCUGGCGUUUUUUCCAAACGCUCUAACAGCAGUGGUCCAAACACAGCAGACUGUGCUGGCAGCAGUGGGAGAAGAUGCUGAAGUCAGCUGUCAGCUCUUGGAGACUAAAGACAUCCUUCAGGUCACAUGGCAGAAAAUCUCUCCUGAUGUGGAGACAAAUGUCGCCACCUACAGCAAGUACUAUGGUCAGAGAGUGAAUGAUGGCUUUACAGAUAAAGUUGAGUUUAUAUACACUGGACUACAGAACUGCUCCAUAGUCAUCAGGAAUGUGACAUAUGAGGAUGAAGCCUUCUAUCACUGUCUGUUUAACACUUAUCCUGAAGGCUCUCUGACAGGGAAACCCUACCUCCAAGUUUAUAAGCUGCAUGAACCUGUUGUUGAUGUCAGAGAGUCAAACUCUGCUGAAGAGUGGGUUGUUUCCUGUUCAGCCACUGGUCGACCUGCUCCCACUGUAACACUCAGUGUCUCACAACAAGACCUCAGCUUCUCACAGUACAACACUGUCAGUGUGUCCAACACCAACGCUACAUUCACUGUCACCACUACAGCUGUGCUCUCAGGUUCACGUAAACACAGCACACAGGUGGGAUGUGCAGCACGAGUGCUCUCUGCUCCUCACAGAGAGGUGAUGGUGACGAUUCCUGAUGAUGAUGAUGAUGAUCAUGAGAAAUUCUUUUAAAAUCAAUGAUUAUGAUAAAUGAUCACACAGCAACCUUAAUGUUUC